AUGGCAAUGGCACAGAUCCAUCCCAUCGCCAGCCAAAACAAUGAGGACGUCAGGUUUUCCACAAUUUUGAGCAUCACGCAGUCGCUCUCGGUCCUCGAUCAGAUAAUGCCAACCCAUUGGAUCCGUCGAGGCAUUACCCUGCACGAGGACUUGCGCUCGUGGCUUACAAUCGACAUGCAACGACCUAAUGCCGGCAGCGACGAGGCCUUUCGGAAUUGUGUCUGCGCCGUUGACGUUCCGAGGAAGUUCUAUUUCGCCGGGUGCCGCCAUAUGGCUUGUGGCGACUGCGCUCGCAAGUCUGGACGAUGCUGUGAUCGUGACCAAAGCAUGGUACUCUGCUAUCCUCCCGAAGGCGCCGAAUGUCCUAUCUGCGAGGAUACCAACCCUAUCUUGAUCUUCAAGUGCGGUCACACCAUGUGCCAGUCUUGCUAUCUUCGGCUCUCCAGCCAGCCAGGAAACACGCUGUGUCCCCAAUGCCGGGCCGACUUGGGAUACGGCGCGAUCGCGAGGUUCAACCCCGCGUAA